AUUCAUCAUCCCCCACCACAUCCUCCACCACAUCCACCACCACAGCCGCCACCCCCACAACCUCCGCCACAACUACUACCACAACCUCCACCGCAUGUGGCAAAAACAUCACAUCCACCACCUCCACCACAUCCACCACCUCCACAACCUCCACCGCAUGUGGCAAAACCAUCACAUCCACCACAUCCACCACCUCCACAACCUCCGCCACAACUAUAA